CCUUACUUCCUUAAGUGCACAUGUCCAGUUCUGGCGGACGCGAGGCUUCCUUCUAAUUAUCUGGAUGGUUUUGAGAAAGGUCUAUCAGUAUGAACCUCGCUGCCUUUUUGAAGUCUCAGUUCCUUUGCCAUUUGUUCAUCAGUUAUGUUUUUAUUGGAUCUGGACUAGUAAUCAACUUCAUUCAGUUUUGUACUCUUCCCAUUUGGCCAAUAAGCAAGCAGCUAUUCAGGAAGAUCAACUGCAGGCUAGCAUACUGCAUCUCAAGCCAACUGGUUAUGUUGUUAGAGUGGUGGUCAGGCACAGACUGCACACUCUAUUGUGAUCCUGAAGGCUAUCCGAAAUAUGGCAAAGAGAGUGCCAUUGUAAUUCUCAAUCACAAUUUUGAAAUAGACUUUCUAUGUGGCUGGAACUUUUGUGAGAGAUUUGGUGUAUUAGGGAGUUCCAAAGUUUUAGCAAAGAAGGAACUCUCUUAUGUUCCAGUGAUUGGCUGGAUGUGGUACUUCCUGGAAAUUGUGUUCUGCAAGAGAAAAUGGGAAGAAGAUAGAAAAUCAGUAAUGCAAGCUUUAUAUAAUCUUAGCGAUUACCCCGAACAUUUUUGGUUUCUAAUCCAUUGUGAGGGUACACGUUUUACAGAGAAAAAACAUUUAAUCAGCAUGCAAGUGGCAGAAGCCAAGGGUCUUCCAAAACUGAAGCACCACCUACUCCCAAGAACGAAAGGAUUUGCCAUUACUGUGAAAAGUUUGAGAAAUGUAGUUUCUGCUGUAUAUGAUUCAACCCUUAAUUUUAGAAAUAAUGAAAAUCCAACUUUGCUUGGAGUUUUAAAUGGAAAAAAAUACCACGCAGAUCUGUAUGUAAGGCGAAUUCCACUAGAACAAAUACCAGAAGAUGAGCAGGAAUGUGCCAUUUGGCUACACAAGCUGUACCAGGAAAAAGAUGCUUUUCAAGAGGAGUAUUACAGGACUGGAGUUUAUCCUGGCACUGCUGUUGUUCCUCCUCGUAGGCCAUGGACUCUGCUAAACUGGCUAUUUUGGGCCGCGGUCUUAUCAUAUCCCUUAUUCAAAGUUUUUGUUAACAUGCUCAGCAGUGGAUCAUAUAUGACGCUGGCUAUUUUUGCACUAUUGAUGGUAAUUGUUUCCGUGGUAGUACGUCGGAUGAUAGGAGUCACUGAGAUAGAAAGGGGCUCAGCAUAUGGCAAUCAUGAAAACAAGAGGAAACAGACUUAGCAGCGUAAGACUUCUUGGACUAAAAAUGGAACACACUAUGGAUAUUGUCUUUCCAGAGUUGGCACAAGAAUUUUUUACAAUGCCAUGAAGCACUGGUCUUUAAAAAUUCCUAUCAUUCUGUGAUAUGAGGGUUUAAAAAAAACAAAAAAAAACAAUUAAUAUUCACUGGAUCCUUGGCCUAGAACACUUUAUGUGGUAUUCUCUUAGACAAUUAAUAAAUACAACAUUCCUCAGCCCAGUAGCGUGAUUUCUAAUCUGCGUUGUUGGGCUGUUUUGUGUUAUUAUAUUUACUAUAUUUUAUCAUUUCAAUUCAAAAACCUUUUUAUUAUUGGAUAAAGUACAAUUUAAAUGUAUUUUAAUAUACGCACACAAAAUAUCCACUGUAUACUAAACAUG